AUGUGCCCUACGCCCGACACGCCGGCCGUCAAUGGCCACACCAACGGCACCAACGGCACCUCCAACGGUGCCAAUGGCAAGACUGGAGACCAUCCCGGUUACACCGGUGUCCAGACCCGCACCCAGAAGGACAGCCCUUACAAGCCAGUCGGCGACUUCCUGAGCAAUGUCUCAAGAUUCAAGAUCAUCGAGUCCACUCUCCGUGAGGGCGAGCAGUUCGCCAACGCCUUCUUCGACACCGAGACUAAGAUCAAGAUUGCCAAGGCUCUCGAUGACUUUGGCGUCGACUAUAUCGAACUGACGAGCCCUGCCGCUUCCGAACAAUCCCGUAGGGACUGCGAGGCUAUCUGCAAGCUCGGCCUCAAGGCCAAGAUCCUGACUCACGUGCGCUGCCAUAUGGAUGACGCCCGUCUGGCCGUCGAGACUGGUGUCGAUGGUGUCGACGUCGUCAUCGGCACUUCCUCCUACCUGCGCGAGCACUCCCACGGCAAGGACAUGACCUACAUCAUCAACACUGCCGUUGAGGUCAUUCAGUUCGUCAAGUCGAAGGGUCUCGAGAUUCGUUUCUCUAGUGAGGAUUCGUUUCGCAGUGACCUUGUCGACCUUCUCUCCGUCUACAGCGCCGUAGACAAGGUCGGUGUGCACCGUGUUGGUAUCGCCGACACCGUUGGAUGCGCCAGCCCGCGCCAGGUUUACGAUCUCGUCAGGACCCUGAGAGGUGUCGUCAGCUGCGACAUUGAGACGCAUUUCCACAACGACACCGGUUGCGCCAUUGCGAACGCCUACUGCGCCCUCGAGGCUGGCGCCACGCACAUCGAUACCUCCGUCAUCGGUAUCGGUGAGCGCAACGGCAUCACCCCUCUGGGUGGCCUCAUGGCAAGGAUGAUCGUCGCCGACCACGAGUACGUUACUAGCAAGUACAAGCUGCACAAGCUCAAGGCCCUGGAGGACCUUGUUGCCGAGAGCGUCGAGAUCAACAUCCCCUUCAACAACUACAUCACCGGCUUCUGCGCCUUCACCCACAAGGCUGGCAUCCACGCCAAGGCUAUCCUCAACAACCCCUCCACCUAUGAAAUCAUCAACCCCGCCGAUUUCGGCAUGAGCCGCUACGUCCACUUCGCCUCUAGGCUCACCGGCUGA